ACAGUGAUAUCACCAUCUAUCUAGCAGACAAAACACAGAAAUGAAGCUUAAUUUUUACUAUUUUAAAAUUUGAUGUCUUAAAAAUACUAUUAUCAACCUUUUCCUUCAAUGGCAGCCACAGAAGAGCCCGAAAUAGCUGAAGCUUCCCUUAAAGAUGCAGAGAACAAGCCCAUCCCUAUCAGACUGAUGCUGUAUCCUGAUGCUCUUCUGGUGCAGAAACAAGAGUGGAUCAGUGUUCAGCUGGAUGAGGAAGAUGAGGUUUUUCUUAACAUGGUGAGAGAGGUGGAGAUAACAAGAGAGCCUGGUGCUGGCUUUGGAUUGUGUGUGAAGGGAGGGGCUGAACAUCGGCUGCCUGUGCUCAUCUCCAGGUUGAUCAAGAAUGAGGCAGCAGAUCGCUGUGGCCAGUUGCUUGUUGGGGAUGCUAUACUCAGGGUGAAUGGUGUGAAUGUAGAGAGCUGUACACACGAUGAGGUGGUGUCACUGCUUAAAGAAGUUAGUGAAGACACUGUUUCCCUGUCAGUCAGACACUUCAGGCCUGCAUCCUACUUUCUCAAUAAAGGUAAUGAAGCAAGGGAUGGUCCUUGUUCAGCUAAACAGGAUGUGCUCCUGGCAAGUCUGCCAAGACUUGAGAAAGAAUGGCUGACAGCUCUCACAAUUCCUCUUUUAUAUGCUAGAAUAUCCAGAUACAUUUGUGGUUCUGAUAAAAUUAGGGAGGAUUCUUUUGAUAUAGUAGGUGUUGAUGGAUCUAAAUCAGGGCCCAUUUAUUUUUCUGAGAAAACUUCCAUGUUGUCGUAUUACCAAAAGAUUUCAGCCAAGACCCAAAGCUUGCUUUCACAAAUGAUUCAGAUGACCAAUCAGCUGAUGACCAAAGAAGAUCAUAUCCACCUGAUGGGAUGGGCCCACCAGAAGCUGCCCCAUGAGCAGGACUGGCAGAGUUGGAGGGAGAAGUUCCUGGCACUAAAGGCUGCUGAUGUUUACCUGUUUGAUGUUCCUCCAAUGCACUCCAGUGACUGGUCCAAAUGUGAGAUGAAAUUUAAAGUUUAUGAAUGUAUGCUCAAGCUUCUUAAGGACACAGAGCUACCAGACAGCAGGCAGCAUUGUUGUUCUAUCUUAACUGGCACUAAGGAGAUCAUCUGUCUGAGUGUAGACAGUCGUGCUGAGUUACUGGCCCUGGAGAAGGCUUGGUAUAAAGCAAGCAACCUGGCUGUACAGCGUCUGUUGAGUAAAACAUUUGGUUGUACCUGGCAAGAUCACCUGUCUGGUCUGAUUCUGGACCUGGAGCAAGGCUUCUCUCUGUAUGAUCAUCAGACUAAGAGCAUCUUGUGGAGCUACAGGUUUGCCCAGUUGAAGAGUUCAUCAGAUGAUGGUCAGUCCAAGCUGACCUUGAACUUUAUAAAAGAUGCAUCCAAACAAGUUGAAACUCAGGUGAUUGAGUGCUCUGACCUGCAGACCCUGAUCUACUGCAUCCAUUCAUUUCUCUCAGCAAAACUUUCCACAGUGGACCCAACAUUUCUAGGCAAUCACUAGAUCUACUGCAUCCACUCAUUUCUCUCAGCAAAACUUUCCACAGUGGACCCAACAUUUCUAGGCAAUCACUAGAUCUACUGCAUCCAUUCAUUUCUCUCAGCAAAACUUUCCACAGUGGACCCAACAUUUCUAGGCAAUCACUAGAUCUACUGCAUCCAUUCAUUUCUCUCAGCAAAACUUUCCACAGUGGACCCAACAUUUCUAGGGAAUCACUAAAACUUAAGUGGACAUUUUUAGUUAG